CGGCAGUCUCUGAGCGGCUUUUGGCGAGUGCAGCUGUGUUUUGAUUUUCAUUUGGAGUAGUUGGCGUUCAAAAUUGUGUCAUAGUUGUGAGGAAUUUAAUAUACAAAGUAAAUAGCACACAGCUAGCAAAUAUGCCAAAAGUCGUCGACAAGGUAAAAGUGAUGGUAAAGGAACGCGUCGAAGAUGAAAACUGUGAUCUAAGCCUUUCCGAGCUGACGGAAAUACCAGUGCGUGAAAUUGCUUCGUUCAAGCGGGUUAUCUUCCUAGAUCUCUCCAGCAAUCGGCUGGUCACACUCGGCCGCAAUUUUACCACGCUCACUCGGCUAAUCAAGCUAGAUCUGAGCAAGAACCAAAUUCGAAUUCUGCCUGAUGACUUUGGUCAACUGGAGCAGUUGCGUCAUUUGGACUUGUACAACAAUUGCUUGGAGCAUUUACCUUUGAGUUUUGGUCGACUGCGUCGCCUGCGCUAUUUGGACUUGAAGGGCAAUCCGUUGACGCCCGCCUGGCAGAAAAUUGUGGGCUGCUGUUCAACGUUGAAGGACUGCCAACAGGCGGCCAAGAAUACUGUGAACGUUUGUGCAAACUACAAGUCCGAAUUCAUUGAACGUGAACGUUUGGCCGCCCAGAUGCGUCAAGCCAGCUCUUCACAAAUGGCAGGGUCAGGAGAUGGCGAUGCCAGCUCCACGUCCAACCAGAGCACAAAGGCCAAUGGCAGCGAGACAUCCAAAAAGUCCGGCAAAGCCAAUAAGAAAUCAAAGUCCAAGAAAUCAGGAGCUGCAGCUGAGAACGAGCUCACAAUCAAACCAGUCAAUGCAGGCUCCAUUAAAUCCACAACCAAUCAAAAGAACAAUCAAAAGAAGAAGCCCACAAACAGCAGCAACCGAAGGAAGUGGCUUACAACCAUAUCAGGCGUUGCUUUGUCAUCGUUGAUGACAUUUUUGUUGCUCUUCAUGAUCAAUGUGCUCAUAAUUUACAUGAUUAUGUUCAAGAAUCCGGACAUUGCCGAUAAGCUUGUUGAGUAUAUACCGCAUCAAUAUCGCGACUGGAUACUGACCAAGACGGAAAUCUUUCGAUUGCGCGUCACCGACUGGAUCUCGGAGUUUCGCACCCCACCGGAGGAGCACUGACGAUUCAUUUAUUUGAAGCCUUAGAGCGCGGGGCUUCAAAUGGGUUAACAAAAUGGACAAAAAUCUGAUGCAUAGCGCGUGUGUGGAAAAGAUUGAAAAUUUUGGUUAAGUGGAGAGACCAACGCAACAACAACAAAUUUGAAAGACCCCAAUGUACUGCCAUAUAUAUGUAUAUUUAAGUAUUUACGUCCAUUGGCAAGAAAUUUUUACCUCACAUACUGAAGCAGACACUGACACACACACACACAGCACAGCAUCAGAACUAUAUAAUAUAAAUGAAAUGAAAACUACUCUCAAUCAAUCACUUCUAACAUUUACAAUAGAUCAAACAGAAACUCAAUAGUAACUGAAAGACAGUUCCAAACUGGCAAACACAUAUAGAAACUACAGACACAGUCAACGUGCUUCACACGGCUAUAAAACACUUAUCUAACAUACAUAUACACAUGUACCAGACUCAUAAUAUCUAUGCAAAUGCAUUACGUAAGAAUUUCUUGUGCAAUUCACAAAUUUUUUGUUUAAAUCCCAGCUCAAGUUAGGAUUGCAU